AUGUCUUUCGAUCCAAUGAUGGAGCAGAUGGAGACGGAGGAGGAUUUCGCAGACCCAAACAUCAUCACGGCCGAGGACUGCUGGUCUGUAAUCCAUUCCUUCUUCAACGCGAAGGGACUGGUCAGCCAGCAACUCGACUCUUUUGAUGAAUUCGCCAGUACGACCAUGCAGGAGAUCGUCUCCGAGACGCCCAACGUCGUAAUCGAUCAAGCAGUGCCCUACGAAGAAGACGACAGCAACAUGCCUGUUGUCAAGAAGCGAUUCUCGAUCGAGCUUGGCGAGCUCACACUAUCUACCGCUGCUGUGACUGAAGGCGACGGUACCACCCGACCGCUCUAUCCACACGAGGCGCGCCUACGAAACCUGACAUACGCCUCACCCGUAUUCCUUUCGAUGACCCGACGUGUGCAUUACGCUCGUGAGAGAUCACUGGGGGGGCAUCUGAGCGAAGAUGGCAAGUGGAUAGAUCCGGAUGGCUGGCAAGAAGGCGACCCGAAAGAGACGGUCUGGGAGGAGGAUCCCGAUACACCUCCUUUGACGGAGCCUCAAGUCUACCUUGGCAAACUGCCAAUCAUGCUCAAGUCCAAGAUCUGCGUGCUACGCAAUCGAAGUGAGCAAGAGCUAUACGCCUUCCAGGAAUGUCCUUUUGAUCAGGGCGGCUACUUCAUCAUCAACGGCAGUGAGAAGGUGCUGAUUGCACAGGAGCGCAGUGCAGCCAACAUUGUUCAAGUGUUCAAGAAGAAGGGCUCAAAUACGCCGGUGGUUGCGGAAAUCCGGAGUGCCAUCGAGAAGGGCACUCGCUUGAUCAGCUCCAUGCAAAUGAAGCUUUUUAAGGAGAGCGCGAAUACUUCUCACGGCAAGACCAUCAAAGUCUCCCUUCCCUACAUCAAAGCCGAUAUCCCCAUCGCAAUCGUGUUUCGAGCUCUUGGGAUCGUCUCCGACGAGGACAUUCUGAAUCACAUUUGCAAUAAGAAUGACUGGCAAAUGCUGGAGAUGGUGAAACCCUGCCUGGAGGAAGCAUUCAUCAUCCAAGAUCGUGAAAAUGCGCUCGAUCACAUUGGGCGACGAGGUCAGCAAGCGGGCACGAAGGACAAGCGAAUACGAUAUGCAAGGGAGAUCAUGCAGAAGGAGUUCCUACCCCAUAUCUCCCAAGAAGAAGGCAGUGAAACGAAGAAGGCAUAUUUCCUGGGCUACAUGGUGAACCGGCUUCUCCAGUGCGCGCUCGGCCGAACAGAAGAGGACGACCGUGAUCAUUUCGGCAAGAAGCGACUCGACCUCGCGGGACCCUUGAUGGCCCAAGUGUUCCGCCUGAAGUUCCAGCAACUGGUAAAGGACAUGAAGUUGUACCUCCAUCGCUGCCUUGAAACCAACCGAGAAUUCAAUCUUACACUAGCAGUCAAGACCAACAUUCUGACGAACGGGUUGAGGUACUGUCUUGCCACAGGUAACUGGGGCGAUCAAAAGAAGGCUGCAAGCUCGAAAGCCGGUGUCAGCCAGGUGUUGAAUCGAUACACGUAUGCAUCAACCCUCAGCCACUUGCGGAGAACGAACACACCCAUCGGUCGAGACGGCAAGAUUGCCAAACCACGUCAGCUUCACAAUACCCACUGGGGUCUCGUCUGUCCUGCGGAAACGCCAGAAGGCCAAGCUUGUGGUCUGGUGAAGAAUCUGUCCCUGAUGUGCUAUGUCACCGUCGGUACCCCUGCGCAUCCUAUUGUGGAGUUCAUGAGAUCUCGAGGAAUGGAGUUUCUGGAGGAGUACGACCCAGCUAUGAAUCCAAAGGCGACCAAGGUCUUCGUUAACGGCACAUGGGUUGGGGUGCAUCGUAGUGCCGGUGCACUGACGGAAACCCUGCGCAACAUUCGGAGAAAGGGCACGCUCAGCUUCGAGGUCACGAUCAUUCGCGAUGUCCGUGAGAGGGAGAUUCGGAUCUUCACCGAUGCGGGCCGAGUCUGCCGUCCGCUUUUCGUCGUGGACACGGACCCACGAUCAAGCAACAACGGAAGCUUGGUGCUCAAGCAAGACCACAUUGGAAAACUUCAAGCGGAUCAAGAUACCCUUGCAACCUUGGACGGCUAUAGUGAAGAAGAUCGAGAGAGCAAGAUCUUCGGCUGGAAGGGUCUUGUCGACGCCGGUAUAGUUGAGUACCUGGAUGCGGAAGAAGAAGAGACCGCCAUGAUCAUCAUGAGCCCUGAAGACCUUGAGGAGCAUAAGGCUAUGCGACGCGGCGAGACGUAUGAUGCAGCAAAUGUUGGUGAUCCUCACCGGCGCAUCAAGAAUAAGCCCAACCCACACGUCCGAACAUGGACCCACUGCGAGAUCCAUCCAGCUAUGAUUCUUGGCAUCUGCGCCAGUAUCAUCCCAUUUCCAGAUCACAACCAGAGCCCUCGUAACACAUAUCGUGAGUCGGCCCCCUUGCUGGUAUUAUUGGGAUAUUUUGCUAACCAGAUCUUUAGAGUCUGCCAUGGGAAAGCAAGCUAUGGGUGUUACGCUCACAAAUUACAAUGUGCGCAUGGACACCAUGGCCAAUGUGCUCUACUACCCACAAAAACCUCUUGCUACAACGCGAAGCAUGGAGUUCCUCAAGUUCCGAGAUUUACCUGCAGGUCAAAACGCAAUCGUUGCCAUUGCCUGUUACUCCGGUUACAACCAGGAAGAUUCCGUCAUUAUGAACCAAAGCAGCAUCGACCGUGGCCUCUUCAGAUCUCUCUUCUACCGUGCCUAUAUGGACCAAGAGAAGAAAGUCGGCAUGAGCGUGGUUGAAUCUUUUGAAAAGCCUACACGAGCUGACACGAUGCGCAUGAAGCACGGCACGUAUGAUAAGCUUGAUGAUGAUGGCAUUGUCAGUCCCGGAUGCCGUGUAUCUGGCGAGGAUAUUGUCAUUGGCAAGACCGCUCCCAUGGCACCGGAUGCGGAAGAAUUAGGCCAGCGAACGAAGCUGCACGUCAAGCGAGACGUCAGUACACCUCUGCGAUCGACCGAGAACGGUGUCGUUGACCAGGUUGUCUUCACAACAAACCAGGAAGGUCUGCGAUUCGUCAAGGUGCGGACCAGGGUGACGAAGGUCCCUCAGAUAGGCGACAAGUUUGCCUCUCGUCACGGACAAAAGGGUACUAUCGGUAUCACUUAUCGACAAGAGGACAUGCCAUUCAGCGCCGACGGUCUCACACCAGACAUCAUCAUCAACCCGCACGCCAUUCCUAGUCGUAUGACGAUUGCUCACUUGAUUGAGUGUCUGCUAUCGAAGGUUGCUGCUUUACAGGGUCAAGAAGGUGAUGCGACGCCCUUCACUGACGUUACCGUCACAUCCAUCUCAGACAUUCUUGUCAGUCAUGGCUUCCAGCAGCGUGGUUUUGAAGUCAUGUACAAUGGCCACACUGGCAAGAAGCUCAAUGCUCAAGUCUUCCUUGGACCUACGUACUACCAGCGUCUCCGCCACAUGGUAGACGACAAGAUCCACGCUCGUGCUCGUGGACCUUUGCAGAUUCUCACACGCCAGCCUGUCGAAGGUCGUGCACGAGACGGUGGUCUGCGUUUCGGAGAGAUGGAGCGCGAUUGUAUGAUCGCUCACGGAGCUUCGGCGUUCUUGAAGGAGAGACUUCUCGACGUCUCCGACGCUUUCCGCGUUCACAUUUGCGAGAUUUGCGGCCUGAUGACGCCCAUCGCGUCCAUCAAGAAGCAGCAAUUCGAAUGUCGCCCUUGCAAGAACAAGACUCGCAUCGCACAGAUCAUCAUUCCGUACGCUGCCAAGUUGCUCUUCCAGGAGCUAGCAGCUAUGAAUGUCGCGACGAGGAUGUUCACGACGAGGAGUGGAGUGUCUAUUCGUUAG